GUGGGCUCACAACCACGACCAUCGUUGGUUCUCGUAGGUGGACCUCGGCACGUUUCGUGCCUGCUCGGCUGCUCUCGGUCGACAAGCCUGCGCCGACCCUAGACGACCCAUGGCGAUGGUAGCACACAACUGGUUGUGGCUUUCACGAGGCAGGCAGGCAGGCACGCCGCGCGCUCUCCAUGAGAGUUCCGCUCUGUUCUCGCACCAUUCCGCGUCGCAUCGCCCGGUCGUGUCUGUUGUACGCGCGUCGCUCGAUACUCAUCGCAUCGUUAGCGCAUCGUGACAUCCAGGUGAGCCCGCGAACGCGCGCUUCUCGUGUGGGAGUGUCCCUCGGUCGGAUAACACGCGUGCCACGCGCUACGAGCUGUCAAAAGGCAGUCCGCGGCCACGAGCGCGUCAUCGGGGCGCUCCCGAGAAGACCCGCGCUGGAGGCGCGGCGUGUGUCACGUGCACGCGUAAACCCGUGGGGUUUCCUCCGACGUCGCACGGGGCACUUGCAUCGCGCGAAAAUAUGAAUCGCGCCGGAGCGUAGCGCGUCCGGUCGGGUGUUGUUGUGGCUGGUUGUUUGGUUGUUGCUGCUCGCGGCAGUGCGUUGUUUCGUCGCGCGGGCGCGAGCACACAUAUAGAGCCGCGUACACCACGAGCGGAACGUCACGUGGCGGCCACGAUGCUCUGGAGAUUCACGACGAUGUUGCUGUUGGCCGUCGCGCAGCCGGCAGCGAGCUACUUCAACCUCUUCCUCAGCCAGACGGAGGUCCGCAAGCUAAUGGGUCUACAGGAGGCGGAAUUAUUUUAUGUCAGAGAGGGCGUCAUAAACAGAUAUGCUAUCAAGUUCGUCGUUACUAUACCAGCGCAGGUUCACAAGAUCCACUUCACGUGGGAGAAUCUCUCUGGUAGACCGCUACCGUACUCCUUGUCCGUGGACAUCAAAAACCCUUCGGCGCUCAGCAGUUCCUUGAACAUCUCUCAGAUCGGCGACAUGCCCGUCAGCGGUUUACAGACGUGGGCCUUGUCGCUGCACUGUGGGCCCUACGACGCGGAGGUUGACUUCAAUGUCCGUAUAAACGUCUCGCUGUCGAGGAGGAACAUUACCAGCCUCGAGUUCAAGCGGAAGAAGAUAUGUCUGAAGGAUAAGAGCUACACCGGACCUGAGGAGGUCCUGGUCGCCGCUUCUGGCACCACUUCUGGCGGUCAAGUGUUUUACGCAGCCAUCGGUUGCGCGUGUGCAUUUAUGGCGGCCAUAUUCGUUCUGGUCAUAGUCUACUACGUGCGCGACAAGAAGACUAGAAGGCACCGAGAUCCACUUCAAGAAUCGAGAGGCCUCAGCUCGGCGUGCAGCGUGGAGAGAGGCACCGGAGUAGGACCUGCUCAAACCUUUUUGUCACCGGAAACACCUCCGCCUGCUUCCGCUGCAUCAGGAUCGUCCUAUAGAAGGCUGGACGAUCGUCCUAGCAGAGAGCUGCACGAAAGAAUUCAGGAAAUCACGGUGCAAAGAUGCAGGGUACGACUUCUCAGUAUCGAAAUGGAGGGGACAUUCGGGCGCGUGUACCGAGGUAGUUAUCACGAAGAGGGUGCUUCAACCCCAAGGGACGUUCUGGUGAAAACUGCCGCCGAGCACGCAUCUCAAUCACAAGUGGCGCUUCUCCUACGAGAAGGUUUAGCCCUCUACGGGCUCAGUCAUCCGGCAUUGCUUCCAGUGCUCGGUGUCUCCAUCGAGGACAGAAGCGCGCCUUUCCUGCUGUAUCCACAUACAGGUUACAGAAAUAUGAAGAGAUUCUUGUUGAGGUGCAAGUUAAGUAGCGAAGGACCUCCGAGAGCUCUCACGACGCAAGAAGUCGUCGAAAUGGCGCUGCAAGCCGCCAAAGGCGUACAGUAUCUUCACAGAAAGAGACUCGUACAUAGAGACUUGGCUGCUAGAAAUUGCGUUGUUGAUGAUGACUUGAGAGUACAGAUCACGGAUAAUGCAUUGGCUAGAGAUCUGUUCCCACAAGAUUAUCACUGCCUUGGCGAUAAUGAGAAUCGCCCUAUCAAGUGGCUCGCGAUAGAAAGCUUGCUCAGUAAGACCUUCACCACAGCCUCCGAUGUGUGGGCAUUUGGUGUUUUAUUGUGGGAGCUGACGACACUGGCGCAACAGCCGUACGUGGAAGUGGAUCCAUUCGAGAUGGCAUCCUAUCUCAGGGAUGGCUACAGGUUGGCGCAACCGAUAAAUUGCCCGGACGAGCUAUUCGCAGUGAUGGCGUAUUGUUGGGCGAUGUCAGCGGAGGAGAGGCCGACUUUUAGCCAAUUGAUCAUCUGCCUGCAAGAUUUUCACACUCAAUUAACGCGAUACGUUUAACUGAGCGUGCGGAUCAGUCGUGUUGUAAAAUAGGACUGGAGCUUUGCUAUUGGGGGUCCCCAUCGAAUUUCUGAACAUAUCGAAACUUGCAUCGAAGAGCUAAUAUCGGGACUCCAAUAGAGGCGCUUGUAUAUACCAACAUAGUACUUAAGUUCUCGUGCUACUUCAGCAUUUUGACAAGAGUCGUGUAUAGGUAAUCGAUAUUCUGACAUAAUAUAUAUUACAUCAGAAUAUCGAUUAUAUGUAUACUUUCCUCUCGAAAGUCGUUCAGUCAAGUGGUUUGCCUAAAGGAAUAACUGCCAGUCAAGAAGAGGUUCAGAGUAGAAUUUCGCUCGACGCGAUUCGCGACAAUUCAUGUAAAGACAUUAAGAAUCUCUCUCAAUCUUAUAAAGAAAUAAUAUCACAGUAAUAUCGAAUACAUAUAAAAUAAAUAGAAAGAGGUGAAAAUUGAUAAAUGAGAUCUCAACUGAGACACCUUUGCUACAAUCUGCAAUUUUGAAUAUUAGACAAGAAUUCGCUUAUGGAGAAUAUGUUUUCGCGUUAGCAAAACGUUCUGUGUGGCGGACGAACGCAACGUAUAGAGGUGUACAGAGGCACAUCUUCCGCGUGAAUUAUUUAUUACGUAAAUUAAGACUGAACUCUGACCCACCGUUGCCGCCAUAUGUUUGGCGUUCGUCGUUCGAUGUGAUGUCGUCGUUGUAUUCCGCGAUUACUAAGGUGAACGCGUCGUAUACAGUCGUAUGUACGUGCGUCAUCGCGCAUUGCCAAUUCUGUUUUUGGUGACCAGCAGCGCCGGUGGCGAAACGGAGAGAUGAUCUCCCGUUCGGCGAAUCUGAGCCAUGUGAUACGCGCUUUGCUUGCCCACGUGAGUGUUUCGAGUGUGCCAAUAUCUUCUUUGUAUUUUUGUACAUAUCUGUGUAGUAUGCAUAUACACGUUGUCUGUGAGUGUACGAGUCGACACCGCCUAAGAUGGAGGAGUCCGUGUAAAUAAUGAAGCUGCGAGCCUGAGAGACUACAAAAAUGUACAAAUCGCAGACUCGACAAGCACAAUAAAUUUCUAUCUAUACAAUACAAUA